GUCCUCUCUCCUCCCCUUCUCUCCGUCUCUUCCCUACUCUUACUCCGCUCGCAUGUUGGCAGGUUCCUGUAAGUCUUUGGUAAUGGGGAAAGACCUGAUGAGAUUGUGUAUCUUUACCCUGAUCUGCUGGAGGAAGGGAACUCCUCAUAUCACAACACACCAGACUGAACUUAACAUCUUGAUUUCAAGCUAAGGUGUCCGAACAAACCAAUGAAAAAGGCAGGGCAGGGAAAAGAUCAAAAGGAAAGAGGAGAGAGAGAUAGAUGCCGGCAUUAAACAUCUAAAAUGGAGGAGAAUGAGAAAACUGUUGAUUGGGAAGCUUGAUGUUGUAAGCGUUAGUUUUCAUCCACAGCACAGGGGAGACGUUUGACGUCAUCAGAGCCAUGCGCAACUCAACGCUGUUGACCAUCCUGACGGCUGUGUUGCUGUAUUUGGUGCUGGGAGCUCUGGUUUUCGGAUGGCUGGAGUCCUCGAGAGAGGAAUGGGCCCAGCGGGAGUUACUGAACUCUAGAAUGGCUUUUCUACAGAACCACAGCUGUGUCAGUACUGAUAGUCUGACUGAGUUUACUAAGAAAGUGGUUGAUGCCAUUGAAGCGGGCGUGGAUGCCAGAAUCACGUCAAACUUUAGCAGCAGAUGGGUUUUUUCGAAUGCGUUCUUCUUCUGUGGUACCAUCAUCACAACUAUUGGCUUUGGAAACAUCUCUCCUAAGACUGAAGGUGGUCAGCUGUUUUGUAUAUUUUAUGCUCUGGUGGGGAUCCCCAUGUUUGGCAUUCUGUUAGCAGGGGUUGGAGACCACAUGGGUACCCUGCUGCGAAAGGCUGUGGCAAAGAUAGAGACUUUGUUUUUGCGCAAGGGUGUGAAGCCCACCAGUGUCCGCAUAAUCUCUGCCGUCUUCUCCAUCCUGAUGGGCUGUUUGAUCUUUAUCGCCGUGCCGACAAUGGUGUUUCAGGAAGUGGAGAGCUGGAGUCUGUUGGAAGCUGGGUACUUUGUGGUGAUCACGCUGACAACAGUGGGCUUCGGGGACUAUGUGGCAGAGAACAGGGGAGAUGGCGCACCCCUGUAUAAGCCGUUGGUGUGGUUGUGGAUAGUAUUUGGUAUGGCCUAUUUUGCAUCCAUCCUCACUAUGAUUGGAAACUGGCUGCGAGUGUUGUCCAAGAAAACUCGUGCAGAGAUGGAAGAGCUGAGAGCUCAUGCCACAGACUGGUCUCAGAACAUCCAGAACAUGUCCAUGGACUUCCGUAUUCCCGUCCCACUCGAUCUCAACGACCCCUUUCAGCGCAGACGCAGAAGAAAGCGGCAUCGUCGUCAUCGGCACCCGAGGGUGAGCGUGACAGGAUCGGCGCAUAGGAUCUCAGACGCGAUUCGAGAAAACGGCCAUUUGCUGGUUGUUUGGCCUGAAUCGAGGUAUAUUUCAGCAUCUGAUAUCAGGUCCGACGCAAUGUACCAUUCCAGGUCGUGGUCUAGAUUAGAUGGAAGGUACGAGAUAAGACCAGGAUUGAGGUUGGCGGAGGGAGCCGGGUCCAGAUCCGGGUCCAGAUCUAUCUCGCGGUUAGAACUGAAAACACAGUCAAGACGCGGAUCCAGAGCCCACUCCGGGUAUCCUUCCGUAUCCGAAUCGGCAUCAGGAUCGGUCUCUGGAUCCGUGACACCGUCAGAAUCCUGGUCGGAAUCCGAGUCAAAUUCCCCAAACUCAAAGGAGCCAGAAUGCGGAGACGAGGGCUCUCGGAAGUCACUGGGAAGUGAGAAUGACGUUCCUGUUCUCGUGGUGAGCGCCUGUUCACCUCCCGAACCUACUCUGUUGGAUUUCUUUGGCGAGAACCUGGCAUACAUUGACGAGUCGUCAGAUACUCUUAGUGACCGCGUCAAACCGACUGGGUCGAAACAUCCUCGCAAACCUAAGAGGAGAAGCAUGAGGAGACAAAUUCCCCACUCGCAUCCCGCUGGUUUACGGAAAAAUAUCAGUAAUGAACCACAACCCUCUUCACAAUCGCCGACGCCUCCGCCUCAAACCCCACCCGAGAAAUGAGAAAAAUCCCUCAGCCAAGCUUUCUUUUUUUGUAAUUAUGAGAAGCCAACUAGCAAAAUCAUUCUCAUCUUUAAUCGACUACAGUCAAUUAUCCAAGUUGGCAUCUCAUAAUUAAUGUUCAGGGCUCCAGAUUGCCACCAAAAUUUGAGAGUGUGCCACUGAAUUUUACAUCCAGUCGCACAUGUGCAACCAGUAAAUUUGACCUUUUUUUCUGAUGUGACAGUGAAUUUGAAACAGCAUAUUGUACUUACUGCAUCUAUCAUCAAAGUAUGUAUUGGUAAUACAGUAGAAAUGUGAUUAUUUGGUUAGCAUGUUGAUUUACGGUGUGUGCCCCUAAAUUUUUUGGUUGCGCCCCUAAAAUUUUCAGUUGGGGGCCACUGUGCUCCUAGUGAAAAAAGUUAGUCUGGAGCCCUGAUGUUUGAGGCUAUUUACAAAAGUUCAUCAUAGUUUGAAGAGGCCAAACAAAGACUAAAAAAACAAACCAUUUGAAAACUGUAAUUGUGUACCGUCAUAGUGCAUUAGACAAGACAAACAUACAGAGAGCUGAAGAGCUUGCCAGAGUGGACUGCAAAUCACAUCUUCAGCUGAUUCACUUCAGUUUUUUUAGUAUUGUGCCUUUGACUCUCAAAGUGUUUUUUAAAGUGAUGUCUUGCUAUUUAUAUUUCCUUUUAUAUGUGUAUUACUUAUAUAUGAUGCAUUAUUAUAUGCUUAUACCAUGGGCCUGUUGAAUGUUCCAUGGGUGUUGAUUAUUUUUCUGUAAACCGCACACCUAAGCAGUGGCAGCUCGUGACUGUUCAUCUUAGGGGCGCUAAUUCAAAAUAUGUGUUCUGCGCUUGAGAGAUCCUGUGUGUAUCACGUGUUUUGUCAAAAUAAGUGCCUGCUGCACACGCGUCAAAACGAUAUGAUAUGAUAAAAGAGUUAUGAUAAAAGAGACACUCAUGUUAAGACACUCCCUUAACAGUAAACUCUGAUAACGCAUGAAAUUAUGCGAGUAUCUGGCAAACGCGAGCGUCUCUUUAAUCAUAAACCCUUUAGACGCGUCUGCAGCAGGCACUUAUUUUGACAAAACACGUGAUGCACACAGGAUCACUCGAGGCGCAGAACACAUAUUUUGAAAAAAGGAACCGCACACAUGACAGGCUACAUACAUGUUGUGACGAACUUCACAUCAAGCGCCCUCGAAAAAAGAAGUCACCGGCCGCCACUGCACCUAACCUGUCAAAUGUCUUAAAAAUGGGCACCAGAGCAAUUUUUGUAUUAAUCGUGGUAUAAGCGUAAUAAUUGACUCUGGUCCUUUGAAUUAUUUGAAAAUAAUACACACCCGCGGUGUAACGGCAUGACGCGAUUACCACCUUGGGUGUGCGUUUUUUUCUUAUAAUUCAACGACCCGUCGUCAAUUAUUCCUUACAUACGUUAUAUAGUAUGCAUUAUUAUUAAUAUGCAUUAUUCCCACAAUUUAAAGGGUUAGCUCAUCUUACAAUUAAAGUUGUCGUUGUUUACUCAGACGUAUGUUAUAGGGUGUCACGAUUCUCCAAAUCCUCGAUUCGAUUACAUUUUUGGUUUUAAGUUCACAAUUCAAUUAGAUUCUCUUUAUUUUUAUGUUUUUUUUUAAAGUACAAAAAAAUGCUAUGCCGUUUUUAGACUAGACUUUUAUGAAAUAUAAUAUCUGACCUUGAUCUGGAGAUGCCCUGCCAUGUUAGUCGUGCUGCCAGUGGAAAAAUAUGGUACACGCACAUACCUGAUAAAACCAAACUUAAUAUGUCAGAUGAACAUCUGUCAGUACUUUGCACCUUAAAAACGCGCUUUUAUUACCGUCAGACGAGAUUGUGAGACUAUACCCCAAUAAGUCAUGUUUAAAUGCUGUUUUCAUAACUCUUAAACAGUUAAGUGUUGUGAAACUUAAACAGAUCUCAGUUCAGAGAAAGACCGGUCCUGGCACAGACGUCGUUCUGCUGACGCGUGGGAGGCGCUUGCUAUUUUUGUUUAGCAUGUAUAGAGCAGCUUGCGUGGUGUCUCCCGCAUCUGCCGUGCUAUCUUUUGACUGGCUGUAGCUAGCUAGGUUAGAGGAGGUUGAAUCGGCGCAAUCAACACGUUUUUUUUCCCCCCCGCUUGGUAAGCCGACCGGACGUGACAUGGGGGCGUGGAAGCAUCGAUGAUUCCAUUUUUUUAUUCCAGGUUUUUCCAAAAUAAAAGUUCCAGGUUGUGACUUAAUUUCGAUUGAUUUGGAUUUGAAAUCGUGACACCCUUAGUAUGUUAUUCCAUGCCUGUAUGAUUUUCAUUAAACACAAAAUUAAAUAAUCAUAAAUCAUUUUCAAUACAAAGUACAGUAUUAUUUUUACUCCAUUUUUUAUCAGUAUAAAUAAUCUUUCAAUUGAUGUAUUUUUUUUAGGAUAGGACAAGAAUAUUUUUAAAUCUGCAAUCUGAGGGUGCAAAAAAUCUAAAUAUUGAAAAAAAUCGCCUCUAAAGUUUUUCAAAUGAAGUCUUUAGCAACACACAUUACUAAUGAUAAAUACAUUUUGGUAGGACAUUCACAAAAUAUCUUAAUUGAACAUGCUUUUUACAUAUCCUAAUGAUUUUUGGCUCACACAAUGUAUUUUUUGGCUAUUGCUACAAAUAUACCUGUGUGACCUAUGACCUGGUUCUGUGGUCACAUACAGCUACGGAAAAAAUUAAGAGACCUAGAUUUACUAUUUAUUAAGUAAAAUUAUAUUUUUUGUUUCAUUCUGUCAACUACCGACAACAUCUCUGCCAAAUUCUUAAUAAAAAUUAUGUUUUUAUUUGCAUUUAUUUACUAAAAAAUUAAAACGAGAAACAUGGUCAAAAUAACAAAAAAGAUGCAGUGUUUUCUGAUCUUCAAUAAAGCAUAGAAAAUAAUUAAGUUCAAAUUGAUUUCUCAACAACAAAAUACAAAUGUAUUUUUAGUCACAUUUUUCAUGGGUCUUGACAUGCUCUCUGUCUAUUACAUUCGCUGUUGGGUGUCUUUAUGUCGUUUAUGAGGUUUGAUUUGUUGAAAUUCGAUAAACACUGGACUGAAAUGGUCACAAUACAUCUAGAAAGAUGAUUAAAAUAAAAAGUGGAGUGGUCUUUUUAAAUCUUUCCCCGCCAUUCAAUUAAGAGAAAACGCUUCCGUGCCAAUGACGAGAAUUUCCGGCUUUCUGCAAUACCGCUAUUAUUCACCAGGUGGCGCACUUCCGCAACUCAUACAAGCCGGAAGUAACGCCUCACGUGAAAGACAAAGAACUCCGUGCAUGUUUUAAUGAUCGAUCUGCAUCAAAAGUCCUUCGCAAAAAUUGAAUUAUCUCAACUUUUUGCUCAAAAUUUUGUGUUUUUGAAGAAACCUACCCAUAUUUGAGAGGUGAUACAAAGAGAAUUAAUGAAGGUAGGAUGAAACGGUUUUUUUGUUUGUUUGUUUUGUUUGAAAGCAGAGCGUUCUUUCAUUUGAUAUAGCCUACUGUAUGUUUAAUUAUUUAAAGAAGAACAUUUUCUGGAAAGCAUUAAACUUUUGUGAAAAUCAUGAAAAAUGCUGGCGGGGAAAGAGUUGUUUUUUUCCGUGGCUGUAUAUUCAAAAAACAAAAACCUGGUCAUGCUAAUUUUGUGUGAUGCUGAAUAAGAUUGGUUGUGGGUCAAAAUGUCAUCAUAUUCGUGUCAUACGAAAGAAAGUCUUGUUUGGAACAACACUAGUGCCAGAAUUUUUAUUAUUUUACAUUUUUUAUGACAAUGUUCUCAAACUGGGGUGCGUGAGAGGAGCCCCAGUUUUAUGACAUUUAAAAAAAUAUUAAUGCAUCAUAAAUUCUGUGUAAUAAAUAAUGCUAUUAAUCAUCAGCACUAAAUUGUAUAAUUUAUAUGUUUGGUUCAAUUCAUAUUAUAAGAUUGAGAUUGUUUUAUGUCAUGAAUUUUCUUUGGGGGGAUGCCACAAGGGUGUCAGUUUGAGAACCACUGAUCUAAGCAAACAUUUUAUUAAAUACAGACACGUCUGUAGCCUAUAACUGAAUUUCAUGUCAUGUAUGUGCCAGAUUUUACUAUA